CACCAGGGUGUGGAGCCCGGAGCCGGGAGAGGUCUAUUGCGCAAGCCCAGUGCCCCGGCUGCGAGAAGCUCUGAGGCCUCGGCGGCGCGCUGGACACCAUGAGGCGGGGUAUUCCGCGGGCUCCUUCCCGGAAGCGGAAGCCCGGGGGGCGGGCCAAGGGCGGUCGGGAGUCUUCGGCGGUUAAUUCCUUUUAUCGUGUGGUUCUGCUUCCUUCGGUCUGGUCUUCUCUGAAGCUGCAAGAGAUGGUUAGGUCCGGAUCUCGGCCGGGCCAGGUGUUAUCUUCAGGAAAGCACACCGGACCUGCUAAAUUAACAAAUGGAAAGAAGCAGAUCCAUUUAAGAAAGAUAUCACGUUGUAAUGCAGAUUCUGGCUAUCCCAUCCAUUCUGACUCAGAAAGUCAGGCUGAAGCCGUACAAGGGCUUGAUGGCUGUGCUUCUUUGCUGCGGAACAUUUUGAGAAAUGAAGAUUCAGGUUCAGAAAUAGUAUAUUCAGAAAAUAGAUGUAAUCCCAGACCUUUAGAAGGCAAAAGACAUGGAUCUAAAAAGAAAGGACAUGAAAAUCAUACUGUUCCUUCAUUAGUCCGGAAAGAAAUUUUAUCUUCAGAUUAUAAGAAACAGAUACCCAAUGAAACUUCUGCUGGAAAUGAAAGAAACUCAUCAGCUAUACCACAAAAUUGGUCCUUCCAAGAUCAUUACAGAAUGUAUUCACCCAUAAUCUACCAAGCCCUCUGUGAGCAUGUGCAGACUCAAAUGUCACUGAUGAAUAACUUGGCUUCAAAGAAGAACCCUAAUGGAAUUCCUGCUGUACCUUGCCACACUGUUUCUGGUUCUGAAUCUCAGACGACUCCACAUUCUAGUUAUGGCUUAUCUACUUCCACUCCAAUCCAGUUACCUCAGCCGCCACCCUGCCCUCCAAUGGUUCAUUCUGAAGUUCAGACUGAUGGUGACAACCAAUUUGUAUCACAACAUAACACAAUUUCUGUGAACUGUACUGAUAUUCUAAGGAAUUCUUUCAGUUCUAGUCUUGGAGUUCAAUGUGGCCUGCCUCAAACUGACAAACCAGCUAUUCCAGCUUUUGAGCAGCUGGAUCUUGCUAAUGAAAUUCUGCCACAACAAGAAGUUCCUAAGGAAUCAGACCUAUUAAAGUGUUUCCAAACAUAUAUGAAUCUGUUGCAUUCUCAACCAAACUGUCAGACAAACCGAAGCCCCACUCUAUUACUGCCAACUUCCUUGCCCAUUAAUGAAGAAAAUUGUGCCAAAGAACAAAUAGGAGAGGUCACAACUGAGGGAAAGGAUUCAAAUAUGCAUGUGCGAGAUUCAAGAAUAAAGGGUGUCCAGAAAGCAAAAAAUGGGAAUGAGAGUGCUGAAAAAAUUAGAACUAUAAUGUAUUUGUUGGGAGAGCUGAAGGCCCUAGUAGCAGAACAAGAGGAUUCAGAAAUUCAGAGACUGAUUACAGAAUUGGAGGCAUGUGUAUCUCUACUUCCAGCAACAAGUGGAAACAAAAAUAGUCAAGUUGAAAUAGCACUGGCCAUGCAACCACUAAGAAGUGAAAAUGCUCAGUUACGCAGGCAAUUGAGAAUUUUGAACCAGCAACUUAGAGAACAAGGAAAAACUAAAAAGACAUAUGGUUCUCAGGAAUGCAACCUUGAAUUGUUUUCCCUUCAAUCAUUGAAUAAGUCACUUCAAAAUCAAUUACAGGAAUCACUAAAGAGCCAGGAAUUACUACAGAGUAAAAAUGAAGAGCUUUUAAAAGUGAUUGAAAAUCAGAAAGAUGAAAACAAAAGAUUUGCUGGUAUAUUUAAAGAAAAAGAUGAAACUAUACUUGAAAAUAAACAGCAAUUUGACAUUGAGACAACCAAAAUAAAAAUUGAAUUGGAGGAAGCCUUAGUUGAUGUGAAAAGCUGCCGAUUUAAGUUAGAAGCUGCUGAAAAGGAAAAUCAGAUAUUGGGAAUAACAUUACGUCAGCGUGAUGCCGAGGUGACUCGACUGAGAGACUUAACCAGAACUUUACAGAGCAAUAUGGCAAAGCUUCUCUCAGAUCUUAGUAUGGACACUGCUCGCUGCAAGCCUGGGAAUAAUCUUACCAAGUCACUUCUGAACAUUUAUGAAAAACAACCUCAACAUGACCCAAUCCCUGCUCAAACUUCCAUAAUGAGCUACUUAAAUAAGUUACAAACAGAUCACACUUUUCCCCAUUCAGAGCCACUUUCUGCAAUUAACAAUGAGGAAAACAUAGUGCCAGAUAGGCCCUAUGAAAAUGUUCUGCCUUCCAAAAGCCCUCCACACAGUAACACCAGGAAAAGGGAGGAAGCAUCAGCCCCUGGAAUCAUUUCUGCCCUUUCAAAACAGGAUUCUGAUGAGGAGAGCGACAUUCCAACUCUAAUAGAAGGUGAGUGUAAUCUGGAUAAUACAAUUUAUAUUCCCUUGGCUAGAAGUUCUUCUAAAAGGAAAUCACCACUGUCCACGAGAUUAUCCCCCCAGCCUCAGGUCAGUGCGGCCCCACGACAGCUGCUCAGCAAAGGUGGCCCUGUCUCAGAAAAAGAAAAUAAACCAUGUGCACCUGCAGUUUGUUCUUCCAAAAAGGAAGCAGACGGCGCACCUGAGAAACUUUCCAGAACAGCUGAAAUGGAGGACAAGCAGCUCCUCAAGAAAAUAAAGGAAGCCAUCGGCAAGAUCCCAGCUGCCACCGAGGAGCCACAGGAGCGGGCUGCGUGCCACGUUCAAGUGAAAAGCAGUGCCGUCUCCGAUGGUAGCUUUUUCAAUUCUGACUUGACGUCUGACUGGAGCUUCUCUUCUUUCUCAACAUUCACUUCUCAUGAUGAACAAGACUUCCGAAAUGGCCUCGCAGCCCUGGAUGCCAACAUUGCUAGACUCCAGGAGUCCUUAAGGUCUGGUCUUCUAGAGAAAUGAACUCGGAAGAAAACAGAUCGAGUAUCAAUGUAACUUGGUUACAUUGAGUGUAUAUUUUAAAUUUCUUUAUAGAGAAAUGAUGUUUUAUAUUAAUUAUGUGGGGAAAAUAAAUUGAAUAAUAAAUUUAUUAUUGGAAUAUAUUGAUACUGUAGAGCUUAUAAAAACAAGUCAUCUUAAAUUGUCAAUU